UCGUGACUGGUUUACCAUAAUGAAGCAGAGCGGAUAAAUCCCCGCUAGAGCGCGUCAAUCAUCGACUGAGAAGAAGCGAUUCAUGGUGUUUUGGACAGAAAGACACAUAGACGUAGGCCGCGGGCCAGGACGAUGGCGUACAAGCAAUACAUCAUCCCCAGCUCUCACAAACAAGCGUGUCUUGAUCUGUGACAUCGUGAAUGCAUCUUUAAAAGCACACAGACGAGCUUGAAUGCGAUCAUUGGUGCGCGAGUGAUGCGCACGAGCUGUUGUCCUUGAGCGUCACCGCUGCAGUGUUUGUGUCCUCAGCAUCAGCACCCAUCGUCAUCAUGGGUAACAGAGGCAUGGAGGAUCUCAUCCCGCUGGUGAACCGGCUGCAGGACGCCUUCAGCUCCAUCGGACAGAGCUGUAACCUCGACCUGCCGCAGAUCGCCGUGGUGGGAGGACAGAGCGCCGGCAAGAGCUCCGUGCUCGAGAACUUCGUGGGCAAGGAUUUUCUGCCCCGUGGCUCUGGAAUUGUCACCCGCCGACCUCUCGUUCUUCAGCUCAUCACUUCCAACACAGAGUGGGCAGAGUUUCUGCACUGCAAAGGGAAGAAGUUCACCGAUUUUGAUGAAGUCCGUCAAGAGAUUGAAGCCGAGACGGACCGGGUCACUGGGGCAAAUAAGGGCAUUUCUCCCAUUCCUAUCAAUCUGAGGGUGUCUUCCCCUCACGUGCUAAAUUUGACGCUCAUUGACCUGCCGGGCAUCACUAAAGUUCCGGUGGGAGAUCAGCCGGCAGACAUCGAGCAGCAGGUCCGUGAUAUGAUCAUGCAGUUCAUAUCUCGAGAGAGCUGUCUGAUUCUGGCCGUCACCCCCGCUAACACUGACCUGGCCAACUCCGAUGCUCUGAAACUGGCCAAAGACGUCGACCCCCAGGGUCAGAGGACCAUCGGUGUGAUCACUAAACUAGACCUGAUGGAUGAAGGUACAGACGCUCGAGAGGUUUUAGAGAACAAGCUGCUUCCUCUCCGUAGAGGUUAUACUGGGGUUGUGAACCGAAGUCAGAAGGACAUUGAUGGGAAGAAGGACAUCAAAGCCGCUCUGGCAGCCGAGAGGAAGUUCUUUCUCUCUCAUCCAUCCUACAGACACCUGGCUGACAGCAUGGGCACCCCACACCUGCAGAGAGUCCUCAAUCAGCAACUGACCAAUCACAUCCGGGAUACUCUGCCAGCGUUCCGCAGUAAACUACAGUCGCAGCUGCUCGCUCUGGACCGAGAAGCUGAAGAGUAUCGACACUACCAGCCCGAUGAUCCGUCACGCAAGACCAAAGCCCUUUUACAGAUGGUCCAACAGUUCUCUGUGGAUUUCGAGAAGCGUAUUGAAGGUUCUGGUGAUCAGGUGGACACUGUAGAGCUGUCGGGCGGAGCCAAGAUUAACCGCAUCUUCCACGAGCGCUUUCCCUUCGAGCUGGUCAAGAUGGAGUGCAAUGAGAAAGAAAUGCGGCGUGAAAUCAGCUAUGCCAUCAAGAACAUUCACGGUAUCAGGACGGGUUUGUUUACACCUGACAUGGCCUUUGAGGCGAUUGUGAAGAAACAGGUGGUGAAGUUAAAGGAGCCGUGCAUUAAAUGUAUUGAUCUGGUGGUUCAAGAGCUGAUCAACACCGUCCGUCAGUGCUCCAAUAAGCUGGAUUCUUUCCCUCGACUGCAAGAGGAAACCGAGCGGAUUGUGACGACUUACAUACGUGACAGAGAGAGCUGUGCUAAAGAACAGGUUUUGUUGCUUAUUGAUGUUCAGCUGUCAUACAUCAACACAAACCAUGAGGAUUUCAUCGGCUUCGCAAAUGCUCAGCAGAGAAGCAGUCAGGCAAACAAGAAGAGUUCAGCUGGAAAUCAGGUGAUUCGCAAGGGCUGGUUGACCAUCAACAACAUCAGCAUCAUGAAAGGAGGAGCGAAGGAGUACUGGUUUGUGCUGACCGCUGAGAGUCUGUCCUGGUUCAAAGACGAUGAGGAGAAAGAGAAGAAAUACAUGCUACCGUUGGAUAACCUCAAAGUGCGAGACGUAGAGAAAAGCUUCAUGUCAAGCAAGCACAUGUUUGCCAUCUUCAACACAGAACAACGAAAUGUUUUUAAGGACAAUCGGUUUCUGGAGUUGGCGUGUGACACUCUGGAGGAGGUGGACAGCUGGAGAGCAUCGCUCCUGCGCGCCGGAGUUUAUCCAGAAAAGGCUUCUGUGGAAAGUGAAAGUUCUGGUCAAUCCGAGAACUUCUCCAUGGAUCCUCAGCUGGAGAGAAAAGUGGAGACCAUCCGUAGCCUGGUGGACUCCUACAUGGCCAUUGUUAGCAAAUGCAUCCGUGACCUUAUGCCCAAAUCCAUUAUGCACCUCAUGAUCAAUAAUGUGAAAGACUUCAUUAACGCAGAGCUUUUGGCUCAGCUCUAUUCGGCUGGAGACCAGAACGCUCUGAUGGAUGAGUCGCAGGAGCAGGUGCAGCGCAGGGAAGAGGUUUUGCGCACUCAUCAUGCUCUGAAAGAGGCUCUGGGCAUCAUUGGAGAUAUUUCCAGCACCACCAUCUCCACUCCACUGCCUCCUCCUGUGGACAACUCAUGGCUACAAACUGCACAGAGCGGCUCUCGCAGGUCUCCUCCACCCAGUCCUACUGCCCCGCGCCGGAUGUCAGCGGGUCAGAGGCCGGCCGGUAGAGGAGCUCCUCCACCUCCAUCCCGUCCAGGACCUUUAGGGCCCUUAAAUAACAGCGCUGACAGCCCACAAGUUCCCAGUCGGCCCAACAGAGCGCCCCCUAGCAUUCCCAGCCGUCGGCCACCACCUUCCCCGACCCGACAGGUUCCUCCGUAAUCCUCCGUUACUGCUCUUUGUGUCCGCUUCUCAUGUAAACAGUGAAACAACAUGUGUGUGGUAUGGGUGAUGUAAGAACUCAAUGUAAAGCUGCAUGUUUCUCUGGUGUAUUUCUGCUGUCGUGCUGGUGUCAGUUUGGUGUUUUGUGUCAGUGCCUGUGAUUGACUUCACUUCACUCCGUCUGUCUAACUGGAACGCGCUCUUCUGGUGUCAUGAAAUUACUUUUUCUUGCAUGGGUUUGUUUUCCGGUCAAGCUAUAUCUCAUCGUACGAGAUGUGUGUGUGUGUGUGAUUUGUGUGUAAUCUAGUUGACUAUUGUUGUGUUUCCUCUUAUAGCGCUCACUGGUUUUCUUUCUUUAACUGUAGUCCUUAUGCUGAAAGGAGAUAUUUCUUUUAGUUGUUGUGAAUAGUUUCUGGUGAAUAUUUGGACCAGAGGCAGAGCAUCUCACAGGCUAAAGGUGAAUGGUUCCUGUUAUACACAACACACAGGACGAGUGCGUGGCGCGCUGCCUGAUAAUGAUGUUCUAGUUCAUCUAAACUUGAACGCUUUAGAUGCUUCAGUUAGCCAGUGGUGUGCGUGUCAGAUAUCUAGAAUGCCAGACAAUAAUCCAGUGCCGUUUUCCCAUACUUUGGCAAUAAGUCCAGCCGUUUGUGUCGUGUUUGUAAGUUUUUUUGUGAGUCUGUAUGGCUCUUGUCAGUAAUAUUGAAGCGUUAAUGAAUCUAGACGUGUUUGUUUCUUGUACUCAUGUUAAGUAAUGAUGACACUUACAGGACUAGUAAAGUCAAGCAUGCAUGAACGCUGGUGAGUGUGCAGAUAUAUAUAUGAAUCUGUGGGUCGAGGGAUUGAAGUGAUGUUAGUGUGUACUAACACAAUGAGACACAGCUGGAGACACACACUGAGGUGUUUAGGUAGAUGAAGGUGUUUUAUCAGUAGUGAUCAUUAUCUGACACUUAACAGUAGGACUAUUUCUCAUCCAUAGGGUUUGGGAUGUCAACAGUAUGACACUUCAGCGCAUAACACACGUCAUGUACCAUGUUAUGUGCUAUAACACGUGAACGAUAGCUCACAUGAAACGUUUUCCGUCAUCUGUCAGUAUUAUUGAAACAAUCAUGAAAUAUACUUUUGUAUUCAACGCUGACUUUAAGAAUAGUGGAUUCGAGACAUCUUCAACAGUGAUUCUUCAUCUGAGGAUUAAUCAUUCAGACACACUUUGGAUUGUAUGAAUGCUGGAAAUGUGUCCUUUGAUUUGAAAUGUGGUAUAAUAAGUUAUUUAAAUGGGAUGCACUCCCUCUUGUAUUUUUGACUAUGGCUUGAUGUACUGUACCUUCUUCAUAUGUAUGAAAUGAAAUAAAUUAAAGAAUACAACACCGA